AUGAUCGGAUGGGGAAUCACUAGGCUGAUCCUGUUAAACUUCUUCAUCUUGAAAAAUGCAUCUGUAUCAGCUUCCUUCAGUGGCUGCGCCGGCUAUGUUUCCAUCCCGAAGGCUGUGACUGUCGAUUCCGAUCAACUCAAAGUCCAGCUCUUUCUCGAGGGCUCGUCGAAACCUACAGCUGAAACGGAAGUCGCUCCGAAAAGUGGGUUCUUCCACGUAUCUCACGAUCGGCACGGGCCUAUCCAGAUUCUUUUGGUUCAUCCUGAAGGCUGGCAGUUCGACAAGAGCUCUGUUUCCGUCAUCGUCGAUGGCGAAAGUGAUAUUUGCAGCACUAAUCAAGAUAUAAUCUUCAAUUUCCAAGGAAUCAAAUAUUCUGGCUUUCAAGUGACUGGUCGUGCUGAAGAAAACGGCCUCCCCAUGUCCAAAGUUUCGUUAGACCUUGUCACGGAAAAUGGCGAUCUGAAAGAUUCGACUUUGACUGGCGAGGAUGGAAGCUUCCUUUUCAACGAAGUUCCGGCUGGCUCUUUUAUCGUGAAGGCUUCAUACGAAAAGGAUGGCGCCGUGUUUUCCAUCGAGCCCUCCUCCCAGCCCAUCUUGGUCUCCAAUGACGACAACGUCCUCUCUUCGCCGUUUCAGAUCACAGGACUCACAGCCUUCGGCAAAGUGGAAACGAAACCAGGAAGUGGACUUCCGCAAGUGGACAUCUUCGUCGACGGAGUGAAAAGUGGAAAAACAAAUGAGGAUGGAGAGUUUAUUCUCGCAAAUGUCAAGCCUGGUGUACACGAGAUCCUUGCUCAGAAAGCUAAAUUUGAGUUUACUCCCGUAAAUGUCGAGAUUAACUCGAAUAAUCCGACUGUUCGGCCGAUUAGGAACUCGUUUUGA